UUCCGAUUGGAGUCAUAGUACAUCACGAGCUUUCUGCAGAUAAUGAUUUUAUGACUCAAUAAUUAGAGCAGAUAGCUUAUAUGUUUGAGUGAGGCUUUUAACGGCACCGGUAGCAUACUGUAAUAUGAGUGCCAGAUGAUCAAUGUCAUGGUAUUGCCGGCUUUCCUGGCAAUUCAGGAGGACGUUUAUUUGUGUUAACCUAUUAAAUCUGGGACAGAAACUCUGAAGGCACUGACACAAAUCAAGCAAACGGAGAUGUUCUACUGGAAUACAUAUUUGUAAGGAAUCCAGACGAAAAAAAUGGGUGACAUGCACAAGCACAUAUUUGAACUGAAGAAACACUGGGAGGAAAACAAAGAGUUGGAAGCUGUUAUAGUUGAUAUGUCCAACGAUGGGGCUCCUAAUCAAGUGACCAAACCUGACAUUGAAGAGGACCAAAGAAGAUGGCUGAUCAUUAGUUUAUGUCUACAUAACGUGGUUUCACCAGCUCUUAGGACGUACGUUAGGCCGAUUGUCGAAGCAGAGUACAAAACCUUUAAGAAGUCACACAAAAUUGAUGCCCAACAGUUUCCAAAUUAUCUGAAGAAAUAUCCACCUACAAAGAAGGAUAUGAACUUUGAAAGCAUAAACAACAACAAACAUGUACUGAAAGUCAAUAGAAAACCAGAUUUGGCGAACUUUGAUUUCCGGAUAAAGGAUGCUGUAGACUUUUCAAAGCUGUUCAUGCAAACUCACAUGGCCCAUUAUACAGGAUUUGAUGAUACGUGUGACCAAAGUGCCCUUCUUGGAAUAAUUGCAAAUAUGGACUCAUUUCCACAGCUUUUAAAAGCAGCAGCUGAUAAACUAAGAACCGAGGUACGAAACCCAUGGGCUCACGUAAAUUUCACAGACUGGGACACAGUCAAGUACCAGACUUGCUUUCAGCUAAUGACUCAAGUUAUCAAGAACAUGACAAUGCCCCGUCCCCAAGAAGUAGCUAUUCUUGAUCAGCUUACUGACUGGAAAUCAAACGGCAUGCAGUUCUUAAAUGGAACCACUAUUGGGCUAGAAUUGCUUGGAAGUUUAAUCACGAAAACUAAGGCUUUGGCAACAUAUAUCAAGGGAAUAGAAAGGAUCAGUGAUGAAAAUUUUGAGACCUGCAGAAAUGCUGUAGCCAACAUUUCGCUUUCGUUGGAUUUAUCAGUGCAAGGAUUGAAACAGAAAGAUGCUGAACUGGAAUCUAGAGCAGACACACAAGAUGCCAUACUCAAACAAAUAACGAAAGAUAUCGGUGAUGUUAAAUCGACAGUAGUGCAGACCGAUGACACCAUUAACCAGCUACGACAACAGGUUGAUGCAGCUAGAAAAGGUACAGAAGAUACGAGAGAACUUGUUCGGAACACCAAAUCUGAUAUUCUCCAAAAAGUAGAAGGACUAGCAAAAGACUUAGAAGAUACAAACAAAGAUAUGAACAUAUUAAAACGUAAUAUGUCUCAUGAAAAACCUAAAAAUGUUCCAUUUUUCUAUCCUCCGAAUAGAUUACAAAAUUUCAUAGGAAGAGAUUUUGAGUUAAGGGAAUUGGAAACGAAAUUUGCUUCAAAUAAAGAGAAGGUCUAUACGCAGGUUAUUUGUGGCCUGGGUGGAAUUGGAAAAACUUCUAUUGGCUCUGAAUAUGCUUGGAGGAGUGCAGACUUCUACGAAGGGGGGAUUUUCUGGCUCUAUGCAGAUAAUAAUGAAUCCAUCGCGAAUUCCCUACAAAAACUGGCUAUUGAUAUAGGGACAACGGGACAAAACUCACAAGAAACGCUACACAAAACAACUAGAUGGUUAUCAAUGCUACAACAGAAGUGGCUUCUUGUUAUCGAUAACGUCGAUGCUGAUGAAAUAUCUGGGAUUACACGUGAACUACUUUUAGGGUCUUGGAAGCGGGAUUCUAAUGGGCAUUUGCUUAUUACUACCAGGCGUAAACCAUCCGAGGCUGAGGGGCAUUUUCAAAUUCCUACAGAUUGCUGUCUCACAUUAGAAGUAUUCACAUAUCAGGAGAGCAUCAACUUUCUGCAGGGUCGCACAGGCCUUGAUGUCAAAAAUGAAUUGGCGUACGUUGAAAACAUAAAUGAAGAACUUGGUAGUCUUCCACUAGCAUUGGAACAAGCGGCAGCGCAUAUAAAGAGUUUGAAAGAAUUUGGAUGCUCCUUCAAAGAGUAUCUGGAGAAAUUCAAAAAGCAAAGGCUGAAGUUUCUUAAAGUCAGUCAAAGAAGCAAAGCCCGUCUCGCUGUUCAAACAACUUGGGAAUUGAACUUUGAAUAUGUCAAACAGCAUUCUGAUGAAAUGGGCGUAGGCAAUGCAGCUGUGGCACUAAUGUUUAUUUCAGCGUUUUUGUUUGGAGAUGAUAUUCCGCAAGCCUUGAUGAAUGUUGGCUCACCAGAAAAUAUUACGGAUGAAAAUGUUUGUGACAUAUUGAAUGAUGAUAUUGGUCCCAAACAAAUAAUGGAAAUUCUUACAAGGUUCUCAUUGUUUCAAAAACGAUACCAUGAUAGCGUUUCCGUCCACCGACUUGUUCAAGAGAUUGUUAGAGAAAAGGUGGUGGAUAAGAAGACUGAAAAAAAUAUCCUACGGAAUGCAGCCAGAAUGAUUCACUAUGCACUGUGCCACUGCAAAUCUCCAGGUGAUGUUUUAAAAUCAGAUAGCGUUGAAAGGGGUACCCUUGGGAUGUGGAACAGAUUAGCUUUACAUGCAAAUGUACUUAAAGCGUAUAUUCUUAACUUCUCCAAAUUGAAUGCUGAUGAGAUGGAUGUUUGUUUCAAUUUAGAAACUGCAUAUUUGCUGCAAACGAGCGCUGUUUACCACAGCAUUUUUCAAAGACAAGAUGAAGCACUUGCUGCACAGGAUCAGAUGCUGAGUAUUCUAACUACUAUUGAAGUCCCAGACAAAGUUUGUAGGGAAUUGACUUUGAUAAAGAUUCCUAUUCUUUCAGAUCAGAAACUUCUCAUAGAAAACGCAACGUCAGCUGUUAUCACAAACGAUGGACAGCCGGAGAAAGAAAUAAGGUCGUUGAUUGAUGUUGACUCGGAGAGUCUUCGUAUCAAAGGAAAUGAAGAGUUCAAGGAAGAACGUUAUCAGAAUGCCAUUCAGUACUACACUGAGAUAGUGAGAAGCACCAGUAAAACACAAUUAGAUGCAAGAGUCCUGUCAAACAGAAGUUUGGCAUACUUACGUAUUAUGGAUUUUCAAAAUGCAUUGAAAGAUGCAGAUGACUCUAUUCAAAUCGAUCCUUCAAAUUGGAAAGCUCAUUGUUGGAAGGCUUAUUCUAUAGCCAAUUUGAUACGACUCGGACGGCUUGAGCGCAACUGGGAGUCUGUUGGGCUCGCCGCUGCAUCUGUCGCGGGCUAUUAUAACAAGGAGUGUUUGAUGGAAUUCAAGAUGAAAACUGAGUACCCAUUUGUGAGAAACAAAAUUAUUACAAACAAUUAUGAACUUAACAACGAAGUAUCUCCCUUGAUGAAUAUGUCCUACACAAACCUUCUACUAAAGAAAGGUGUGUUUACCUUAAGUGGACUGAAAGGGCUCACAAAAAGUCUUCAGAUAAUAGGAAUUGAAGAUUCUGUGGAAAUAGAUGCAAAGGUCGUGCCACUAGUAUUGUCAGUAGUUUCGUAUCAUAAAGUACCAAGCAGUGUGACUGUUUACUUUGAAAAUGUAACAUUUGUUGAAAACUCUGGGCAAGUUAUCGUAGGUAAAAAUGUUGUCGCAACAUUUUUACGCUGCACGUUUAGAAAUGGACAGAAAGCAUGCAAAACAUUUCCAAAAUGUGACGGAAAAUUCGGUUGUAGAAAUGAGCGAAAGGAAAAAUGUGCAAAACAUUUUGAAAUUCAAAAGAAAGAACCAUUUGCUAGUGGAGUUCCUGGCAUUCCGGGUGUUGCUGCUCAAGACGGUGGAAAAGUAUAUCUAAAGAACUGUAAAUUAAUUCGAUGCGGUGGUGGUGGUGCUUUGAGUGAUGGAACAGGCUCGUUAAUGAACAUUCAGAAUUGUCAGAUUUUUAAAAUGCACAAUAUGGGAGUUGAAUCUAGAAAUGGAGGCAUGGCGGAAGUGAUCGGGUGUGAAAUUCGGAAUAACCAGUUUCAUGGUAUUUCCAUAGGGGACGUAGGAAGGGGUUUCGUUUCUGGAAAUACGAUCAGCGACAAUGGGGAAGAGGGAAUCUGGGCUGGUGGAAUUCUAGUUUGUAGUCGUGACACGGAAACAGAAGCUGCAUUAACCGAACCUUCAGGUGGUUCAAUAUGUACAAUUACUGAAAAUAUCAUUUGUAAUAAUGGCAAGUCAGGAAUUUCAUUUGAUGGAGGUAAUUAUACCGUGAAGGGGAACAGAAUAUUUGACAAUUGGUUGUGGGGAAUAAUGGCCAAAUCCAGAUCAAGCGUCAAUAUUGAAAAUAACGACAUUUUCAAGAACAAAUGUGGUGGAAUAAGAAUAGGGAUAAACUAUUCAGCAGUUGUAUUCGUUGACGGCAAUACAAUUAGAGAGCAUAGUGGCCCUGGUCUCUUCUCUAUUAAUGCACAUGAACAAUAUACACAGCCAUGUGAACAGGAUGUGAUAAAACGCGUCGAUAAACUCAGUGGGAUGAUAGAAGACGAAGUAGAAAUGUACUCAGUUCCGCUUCUGAUGACAACCAGAAACUUAUUACGGGACAAUGACCUAGGCACCCAGCAUCCACAGCAAAUAUUUGAAGUUGUCCAAACAUGUUGUCAAUGUGGAAAACUUUCAGACAGUCUAAAGAAAUGCGGAAAAUGCAAAAAGGCUGCGUACUGUAGUAAAGAGUGCCAAACCGAACACUGGAGGAAACACAAGCACAUGUGUGAAAUACUCUUACGAGAGUACAACAUUGAUAUUCAGAUGAAAAACUCUAUAGAUACACAAUCUCUUGGGUGGGCGAUGAAGACAAAACAACAAAUGAUACUUUUCCGUUUCCAAUCUCAUUUACCAGGUAUUGGUGAAGGAAAGCCACCGGACAGAAAUUCAUCUGAGAGAUUUAUUGUUAAAAUACAGUCCGGAAAGGAAUACAAUCACUACGACCCAAAUACGGAAAUGUUGCUUUAUGAUCAGAGUUUGACAGUGGACAUUAUGUUAAGGAAACCAAAGCUCUAUCAUUUGGUUCAAGAAUGUGGUAUUUUGGCUGCAACAAAAUGUACGGCAAAGAAAAUAUUUUGCUGGGCUUCUUUCAAAAACAAAGGCACGAUUCUUAGUAUUCAUACUGCUAAUUUACCAAAGUUUCAGACAUGGUAAACAUCCGCAGGUAUUCGUUGCCUUACCUUCAUAAUAACUGAUUACAUACACACAUAUAAUUGUUGCAAAUAUUACCUCUGUCUGGAAGCCAGCAACGUUUGUUUAAAGAUAUGUUUACUCAUAAUACGACAUCAUAGAGUUACAUAUGUAAAUAUUUCCUUAUUCUUGUUCGGAAUAAUGGUGACACGAAGAUGUGUUAUAUUCAAAAAUAUUAAAUAGGCAUUUAUGUAUAAAAAUGUAUUAACAUGCAUAUUUCGCUCGAGAAAAAUCAUAGUCACAGUCAUGUUCGUUGGGCCACUGCAUAAAAAUGAAUUCCAUUUUCUUUUUAAAACAAUAAUCGGAAUAUAAAUAUCUGGAUGAUCAGUAUUGAGCAUUCGAUGUGAUAAAGACCAUCUUAAGCAAAAGGAUUUUGUUAUUAUGAUUAGUUCAAUUGAAAUUGAAGCAAUUAUCCAAACUCGUCGCAUCAUGAGCGAGAACCAUUUACUUGUACGUUUUAAAAUGUUCGAAUAAUAAAAUGCUUUUUGUUUUUUUUUGAUCAAGUUGGAAAAGCAAUUUAAAAGAUUAUCCAAUCAUAUUUGUCAAUUUUAAAAAUCACAUCUAUUUGGUUUUCUUAUGUAUUAAGACAGCAAAAUUGUCGCACAACGUUUCAUUUUAAUACAAAAUUUGUACGCUUUUUUCAAAUACUGAUCUUAGCAUAAUUGUUCAGUUAGUGUAUCAAAUACAUGUCUAAGUUUGUUUUUGGUUUAUUUUUGAAUAAUUUGAUACGUAUGUAUGUAAAUGUAUAAAUAUGUAUUUUAUUAUAUGCUUUCCGGUGGUUUAAAGAGAUUUAUUAGUGAAAUAAAAUUGAUAUUUCACUGUUUGAAACAGUUAAAAUAUAAUUUGAUAUUUUUCACUUUUUAAAAUAAUAGCCCGGUCUUAUUUCCGAUUUAAACGUCGGCGUGCACAUGGCUAAUGCACACUUCCAAUGAGGUCAUUUUCGAAAUGAUGUGACGUUCGCUUACAACAUAGCGCGCUUUUCUUAAUAACUAGAAUAAACAGUCUUGUUAACCUUUUUAUGCAUAAAAUAAAAAUGCUCACUUAAGCAUAAAUUUGCAAAAUAUAUUUCACCUCGUCAACUCACAAAGUAAAUAUUUCACUCUUGGCUAUGUCACAAGUAAAAUAUAGGUUUUGUUGCUCACUUGGUAAAAUAUAUAACUAUCUUACACUGAAAAAAGCACACUGAUGAACAAUGCUAAUUUGCUACAAGUGUUAUGAUAAAACAAAUGCUGUAUUAAAGAUUAUUGAAGACGCCUUUAUAAUGACUUGCAAAGACAUGGGCGCUUACAUAAUGACACCUAACACUUUGUAUAGCUUGGACUAAUUUUAAGUUCUAAAGACCGUACGAACUGGAAUGUCGGUAGAAUUGUAAUCUUACACCAAUGAAGUUACAGUUCGAACUGUUUAUAGCUCAUAUAAAUGUUAUAGACCAUAACGUUGAAUUAAUAUAAAUGUAAUGUAAGCGUAUACUUUAUUGAUGAUGCAUGACUCAUAGUCAAUAUAUUGUAUGAUUGAUUAAUGUAUGUGUGUUUUAAUAAAUGAUACAAUAUA